GGGCAUGGAAACACAGACACACAGUGGAGAUUUACAUUAGAGAGCUGAAAGUGCUCCAGAGGGUAUCAAUACCAGCAGAACACACCAUCAGGUUUGAAACAGCAACAGGUCUUUGUGCUCUGAGAUGCAGGUACAUUGAGAACUCUUGUCUGUUCAGCGCUUUGUUCCUGUGGGAAUUACUGAGGGGAAACCUGCACAUCUCUCAGGAGAAACAUGAUAUGUAAGGACAGGGUUUUAGGAGCAACACCUGAGCUCAGGUGAACAGAGACAUAUAAACACAUUUAUCUAUGGAACACUGGGUCAGCACUCAUUUUGGGAGCUUUAUGAAGAACGUGUUUUUAACACAGUAUUACAUUGAUAUUGACACUGGAACAAGCACAUUGUUGUCCUGAUCUAGAGUCAGUCUAACACAUGGAUCAAGAGGAGAAGGAGUGGACUAUGCAGUCUGGAUCAGAACCAGAAGACUCGUUUGACUUCCUCUUUAAGAUUAUUCUAAUUGGAGAUUCUAAUGUGGGGAAAACCUGUGUGGUCCAGAGCUUCAAGACUGGACUCUUUUCAGAGAGGCAGCAGAACACUAUUGGAGUUGACUUCACUGUUCGAACGCUCAACAUUGAGGGCAAAAGAGUAAAGAUGCAGGUCUGGGACACGGCUGGACAGGAGCGUUUCCGCACCAUCACACAAAGCUACUACCGUAGUGCACAUGGAGCCAUGAUAACCUAUGACAUCACACGUAGAACCACGUUUGAUUCGGUCCCGCGCUGGAUCCAUGAUGUUAAACAGUUUGGAGCAGCUAAUGUACUCAUGGCUCUUAUAGGUAAUAAGUGUGACCUGGAGUCCAAGCGAGAUGUUCAUUUUGAGGAUGCGUGUAAACUAGCAGAAGAAAAAGAAAUGUUAGCAGCUUUGGAAACGUCUACGAAACAGGCUAAGAGCAUACAGGAUGCGUUUAUCCUGAUGGCACGAGAACUGCUUCUACGACAUGGAAUGAACAUGAAACAGGACGAUUUCUGUAAUGACUCCUCACAAGUCAUACUGCCAACAAAUUCCCGAGCCAUUCACGAUCAUGCUUUAUUUACACAUGAGAAGAAGACCUGUGAAUGCUAAUACACAAUAAACACACACAUUAUGUGAGAUCUGAUCCAUUAGCUCAGCUUUUUAACCACAAAGGAAAUGUGACAGUGACUGUUUUACUAUUACUCAUUUGAUCUGUUGAUCUGGAGAAAAAUCAUGUUACAAGAAUCAAUUAACCUCGUGACAAGUGUGUAUCUUAUAUAGUAAAUAUCACUGAAUCAAAAUUAGAAGAUGGCACAGAUCCAGCAAUAUUAAUUUAAAGACUAUGGGCUCUAUUUUCAUGACCACGCUUGCUGCAGUACAAUGAUGUGCACUAGAUUUAUCCAGUUUUCGUGAGAGUGCAAAUUCUAAGUGCAAUUUUUGUGCCAGCGCAAAGCACAAGUGGGUGUGGAUGGGAGUGUUUGUGAUAUUUGUGGGUGUUUGCUUGCAAAUUGUGGGUAUAUUGUAAAUGAAGUGGUGCACAUCCAGGGUUGGGGAGUAACGAAAUACAUGUAACGGGAUUACGUAUUUAAAAUACAAAAUAUAAAUAACUGUAUUCCACUACAAUUACAAUUUAAAUCAUUGGUAAUUAGAACACUGUUACAUUCAAAAAGUAUUUUGAUCACUGAAGAAAUUACUUUGCAUUUUAUUGUCAUUUGUUUCAUUUAAUAUUUAGUCCUUUCAGAUGGAAAACAUUUAUACAUAUAAAUGAUUCAUUUGAACAGCAGUGAAACACUUUCUUAUGAUGUGUUACAUUCAUACGAGCAGACAGAGAAGUACGUUUGAAGUAAGUUUGGAGCAGAAGAAACAGAAAUAAACCUUGUGUAAAUUGUCAGCUUUACGCUAAGAUGCUAUUUCUAGCCAUUUUACAUGCAUGUUACCAGACACGAUCAUAUUUUUAUUUUUUCAAGAAAAUUCACAUUGGAUCAUAAUUUCUUUUUUUCUAGUAAGAUCUUUGAUAUUAGGGCACAAAUCAUAUUCUUGAUAAUAAUUUUUUUAUUGUUUUCCUGUAAAAAUAUCUAAAAAUCCUUAAAACAAGAUCAGUUUGAUUUAUCUUGUUUUAGAAACAACACUGCACAAGAUAUUUCGGUUUUUCAGAUAAUGUAUUUUUAUCAUGUGUAUUUUGUCUUACUGUACUGGCAGAGUUUUUAUAGCCAAAACAAGUGAAAAAAUCUACCAGUGCUGAAGAAGUAAUCCAAAGUAUUUAGAAUACAUUACUGACCUUGAGUAAUCUAACGAAAUACAUUACAAAUUACAUUUUACAGCAUGUAUUCUGUAAUCUGUAGUGGAAUACAUUUCAAAAGUAACCCUCCCAACCCUGUGUGUGUGUGUGUGUGUGUGUGUGUAUGUGUGUGUAUAUAUAUAUAUAUAUAUAUAUAUAUAUAUAUAUAUAUAUAUAUAUAAUAGAUUCUACAGAGAGAUUAAUUCAUAAAAAAUGAAUUGCACUUUCCACAAAUGGAUAACAAGGUUGCAAGUCAUAUGGUUGCACAUGUAGUGUAAAUUCAGGAAUACCUGUAGUGGCAGACCAAAAACCACUUCAUGUAAAAGAUUGUCUUAAAAACCCACGUAGGUGUUCUAGGGUUAGACAUCAAAUGUCUGUAUCCCCUGUUACCAUAUGAUAUUCCCCCUAUUAAAAAAACAUGGAACAUUGCUUAAAAAUGUGAUGGCCAAGAAAUAACUUUAUUAACUUUGUUUGUUGUUCUACAUAACUAUUUUAAAUAACUAUUUAAGAAAAAAAAAACUAUUUUUAUUGUGUGACUGUGUUCAUCAUGCUCAGCAUUAAGCCCUGUUACUUAAGAACAAAUGAUUAAACAAAUAUUUAUUUUAAUUUAUGAGAACUGUAUUAAUAUACUAUUAUUAAUUAACUUUAUAACAUAAAAUUAAAUCAUUAAUGAAUGGUUUAUUUAUUAAUAACUAUAAACCAGCAUUUGGUCCCAAACUAGGGCAACAUUACUGACUGAUAGCUCAAUUAAUGUGUCUUCUAUCAUGUGAAAUGACUUUUUUAAAUGUAGCUGAAUUGUUUUUAUUUUUAUUUUUUUUAUUUUUAUUUUUAUUAUUAUUAUAAGAGAAUUUGCAUCACUGUCUACCCUAGAAUGCAUAUGUGGGUCAUAUAUGUGUUUCCUAUGGUAUUAAAUGCAUUUAACACUGGUAAUGUUUUUUGUAAUGCAUUGUUUUCAGUUUCCAUUUGUAUUAUAUGUUAAAUACCAUGUUCAUGUUUAUUUUUAUGUAUGCAAGGAUGGGAAGUUUUCAUUCAGCCGAUGCUUUAAUCCAAAGUACUUGAUAUUAUAUCUUUUACAGGGACAGUCCUCAUGGAACAGCCUGAGGUUAGAUGCCUUGUUCACGGCAAGGGCACAAUGAUAAUAGCUCCUGGAGCACUUAUUAAUGUGUUUGAACCUGCAACUUGUUUCAAUUCAGUACACCUCACCACUCUGAAUAACAACUAUAGCUACAUAGAGUGACAUAUGGUGUCAUUUGACAGUAUAGAGUACAUACGGUUGUUACUUUACAAGUUUAUCACAAACUUUUUUUUUGUAAAAAAAAAAACAAAAAAAAACAUUUUAUCCAUAUUAUUGUACUUAUAUGUACCCUAUCUGUUUGUAUAAAGUUGUAUUGACAUUUCAUAUUUUAUCACCAAACAUGCAAAUUACCCAUAUUUCUGCUAUACAGGA